AUUCCGUCAACCAUUCCGUCUGCCAUAUUCAUUUCGGGCGUAGCCUGUUAGCAUAGUUUGUUUAAGCAGGUCCAUUAGUGAGGAGUUUUUUGCUGAGAAAAUGUACAAUAUUUAACUAAAGAUCUGUUGUUAGUGCUGUUAAAUUAAGUUGUUUGCAAUAAGAAAAUUGUUCGUCGUAUUAAGAUGGCCAUUUUAUGGCGAUGUUUCGCCUGGACGGCAUUCGCAGCAUUAGUGGGUGUGUUUGCUCAAUAUGAAUGGCAGCCUCGGGAUGCCUUCGAUGAGAUUAAAGUUAAAUUUGAUCGCGCAACUGCAGAUAAUUGUCCAAUUCUGCACAUCGGUGAUCUGUUUCUUCCGGAUGAUACUGUAUCUCAUUUGCCAGAUAUCAAAGAGUUUGAUCAGAAUCCGAUCUUCCCCAAUCGAACUGAUCUUCUGUUGCUACACAAUAUGGCGUUGACCCGUGGGUUUUUCUGGAGUUACGUUCUACAGAGUCGAUUCAUCCGGCCAGCCAUUAACGACACUUACGAUCCAGGUAUGAUGUACUAUUUCCUGUCAACAGUCGCAGAUGUGUCGGCCAAUCCAUCGAUCAACGCAUCGGCUGUUUAUUUUUCCCCGAAUACCUCAUUCUCGUCGUCCUAUCGAGGAUUUUUCAACAAAACGUUCCCACGAUUUGCUCCACGAACAUAUCGACUUGAUGAUUUCAAUGAUCCAAUUCAUCUGCACAAAAUCUCGACUAUGAACACGUUCGAUGUGCGGGAUUUGGGAGCCUUUUCGCCGGAUUCGAUAUCACACGACUACACAACUGAUUACUACAAGAUCAACGAGUGGUACAGAAGCUGGCUACCGGAUAUAGUCGAGAAUCGGCAUGACACCAAAACCACCUAUCAGGUGGAAAUCCGAUAUGCCAAUAAUACGAAUGAAACGUUCACCUUCCAUGGACCGCCCGGUGCCGACGAAGAUCCUGGACCAGUUAAGUUUACUAGGCCGUACUUUGACUGUGGUAGAUCCAACAGGUGGCUGGUGGCUGCGGUUGUUCCAAUAGCAGAUAUCUAUCCUCGACAUACGCAGUUCCGACAUAUAGAGUAUCCCAAAUACACCGCUGUUUCGGUAGUGGAGAUGGAUUUCGAGCGGAUAGACAUCAACCAGUGUCCCAAGGGUGAGGGUAACAAAGGGAAGAACAAGUUUGCGGACACGGCUCGAUGUAAGAAGGAAACAACGGAAUGUGAACCACUGGAUGGCUGGGGAUUCCGCAGGGGAGGUUACCAGUGUCGCUGUAGACCGGGAUUCAGGCUACCUUCCGUCGUUCGGAGACCCUAUUUAGGCGAAAUAUUAGAACGUGCAUCGGAUGAACAGUACUAUAAUGGGUUCGAUUGUAAGAAAAUAGGUUGGAUCCAAAAGACGCCCAUCGAGUGGUAUCGACUUCCGCACUACACGAGAGAAAAAUAUUUGAACUAUUACUAUGAGUACAAAAAUUACACGAAAGGACCGACUUCUCUGCAUGCCGAAAAAAUGAACAUCAACGAAGUGCUGCAAUUCAUUCUGGGCGUAUCGGAAAAUACCUGCAAAAAUUAUCACCCUCAAGAUCUAGAGCUCAACGGAGAUGUCAGUUUUGGAGCUCGGGAUCAAUUCAAAAACGAAGCCAAAAUGGCCCUACGAUUGGCAAAUUUCAUCAGUGCCUUCCUGCAAGUUUCGGAUCCCCAGGAAGUGUACUCCGGAAAGCGAGUUGCCGAUAAACCUUUGACUGAGGAUCAAAUGAUGGGAGAAACACUUUCCUUGGUGAUGGGUAAUUCUCGAAUCUGGAGUUCGGCCACCUACUGGGAAAGGAGUAAGUUCCCAAACCGCACCCUUUUUGCACCUUACGCAUACAAAACCCAAAAGAAUAGCCGUAAAUUCAAAUUGGAGGACUUGGCGCGGCUUAACAAAACGGGUGAAGAAUACACGGAACUACCCUACUUUAAGCUUCUCAAACAACGUUGGGCUGCAAACUUCGACUCGCUGGAGAAGAACUACAUGAAGAUGCGCAUCCGACACAACGAAACCGGAGAACACGCCCAAAAAUACGAACAUUUCCCUAACUUCUACCAUGCGGCCACCCUGGAUCACGGCUUCUGGACGGUCCCCAAGUUCGACUGCAAGGGAUACGUGAAAAAGUGGCUGAUCACCUAUGCCGUUCCAUUCUUCGGCUGGGACAGUCUGAAGGUGAAACUUGAAUUCAAGGGCGUCGUUGCUGUCUCGAUGAACAUGCUACAGCUGGAUAUCAACCAGUGUCCGGAUGACUAUCACGUUCCGAAUGCAUUCAAAAAUAGCCACAAAUGCGACGAGAAGACUUCAUAUUGUGUUCCCAUCCAGGGCCGAGAAUUUGAGCUGGGCGGCUACAAGUGCGAAUGUCUGCAAGGUUUCGAGUACCCGUACGAAGAUCCGAUAACCUAUUUCGAUGGACAGCUGGUGGAAGCCGAAUUUCUAAACAUCGUCAACGACGAGCGCAGCCGAUAUGAUACGUUCAAGUGUCGAUUGGCCGGGGCAGCUUCGAUCCGACUGGAGCUUACUAUUCUCGGAACCGUGCUAAUGUUCUCGUGGUUUGCAUUCCGAAGGUGGAGUCAGUAGGGUGGAUCCCAUUUUGGGUACCGUUUCUAAAUCGUACUUUUCAGCUAGGAGAUACAAAAAACCAUUCCGUUUGAAGAGUAUUUCUUAAGAUAUACAGACAGAGGUUCCGUCCAUACAAGAAACACACUCUUGAACUCGAAUUCCAUACAAAUCUCUUUAGAAUUACAACUCUUUAAUGUUAGCAAAUUUCAUCCGUCCUGAAGUAAGAUUAACAAUGUUAUUUUUUAAGCAAAGGAAAAGCGGAAUCUAACAGUGCCUAGACUCGAUACAUUAGUGCUUUAUAAGAAUAAUGUUUAGAUAACGAAUAGUAUUGAUAACUAUUGCAGAUUUGAUGCCGCGAGUAGUCGCGAUUUUUAUUUCUACGAUUUUAGCUAUUCUGUAAAUUUGUACCACCUAGAGAGGAAAAUAAACGAUAUACCUUGUUUUAC